AGACGAUGACUGGCUGCAACAACGAUGGUGCAGCGGGUGAGACCGACAACCACGGAAGUGACGUCGGAGAGAAUUUGCCCCGUUGGACUGGGCGGCGAAAACGGAAACGUGGCGGAGAUGAGAUAAACGCCGGCGAUGAGGAGAGUACGGUGGCGCAGCGCUUCGCCUCGCAUUUCUUCCAUGUGAUGAUGCGUUGUGCGGCGCUGUUGAAAGCGGGCACCACUAUGACUCCCGAAGAUGUGGCAAAGGAAAUUGGGACGGCACCUAACCACUGGGCAGGUGACCACUCCGAGUGUGGACGGAACGGGAGUAUUCCUCCAAGGUGUGUUACCGAGAAGUGGGGCAGGGAAUGUGCACUAUAUGAGCCUGGAUCGGAAACGCACAAGGCGGUUCUUGCAUGGUUCAAGAAACGGUGUUCGCCAGACAAGGUGAAACCCUAUGUUCACGGAGCCAACAGUUCCAUAAACGAGUCUUUCCAUUCCCUGAUCAUCAAAUACGCUGCUAAGCGUAUCAGGUUCAAAGGUAGUCUUGAGGCACGAGUGGGGCUGGCUGUCCUGCAUUGGAAUAACUCGAUGGACAGGCUGGUCACAUCGUAUCGCACUCGUGUACGGCAAGUAACUCGGGUGCGACGGGGCAACAAGGAUCGAACCCUCGGACCUAUGGAUUGGUCUUGGGUUGAUCGGAUUAUGGAGGACCGGCAACGAUCGCUGGGGUUUGGAGUCGACGAUGAGAUUAUGGAGACGGCCCCAAAGAGGCAGGCGCAACAUCCUGUCGACUUACCUUGUGGAGGGCGACACCCAUCUGUUGUUGGGCCGGUUACUCCUGUGCGAGAAGGUGGCAUAGUCCGCGGCCUUACUUCGAUGCGCGGUGCUGGGCGACAUAUUUUAU